UACCUUGUAAUACAUUAUUACAUUGUAGUUGAGGAAUCCCUCAGGAUGGCUUCCCAUUUAUAAGCUGGACUGGAGCCCCUUUUUGAAAAAACACAAACCAAAAACCCAAUACAGAAGCAAUUUAAUUUCAAAUGCUCCACUUUUCAAAAAGAGGUAUGUUCAAAAAGUUAAUUGCUUUCAGUUGAAUGAGAAUUGUGGUUAUGGAAUUCAAACUGUCAGAUAACACAGCAUCUAUUCACUUUCAUCUAUCCAGGAUGAACAUUCCUCGGUUCUGGGUUCUCAAGUUCAUCACCUGUGCCCCCAGUCCCCAAAACUGGCUCUCAAUGGUUUCUUGAGGGUCUUCCCAUCUAAAGAACUUUUGGUCCUUUGACCUUGCCACGAGGUAGCCAUGUGUCUGUCAACUCACUCUUACACUAGAUGGAAGAUUCCGUUGAUACAUCCCCUCCCACAAGGGCUUCUGGUGGAGCUUGGAGCAGACACCAAUUCCCCCCACCCCGCAAUAAGAGCUCACCCCGCUGCCUUCACUGGACAAGAAAAGGAAUCUCUAAGGGGUAUGUUUCACACUGUCUCGCUUCUUAAGCAAAACUGACCAUCACAGUUUUAUAGCCAACCAAAGAGACAACCCAAGUCCUCGGACUGCAGUGCCUAGGUGCGUCUGAGAACCAAGGAGUCCUUGCUCUAAACAUUAAGGAACUUUAAAGGGCCAGGGCGAGACCCUGUCUUGGCGAGCCAGGCAUAAAGGGUCUGGGUAGGAGCUUUUGGAAUCUUGGAAAGUAGUUCACACAGAACUGGCGCCAUCCGCGGGGAUCGAGUUAGUUCAUUAAGCGCAUCAAAGAGAACGAGAUGGGAUCGAACUUUAGGCAGACAGAAAGGAACGACACAAGAAGAAUUAAAAUUAGAGGUGGGUAGGGGGGUGCUGGGACCGGAACAAGGGUUGGUGAAAGCGCACAGGAGAUGGGACAAGGGGAGAGUUUGCAAGUCUUAGUCACUGCCGGCCCCUUCCCGGCGGAGUCCCGGGACUCCUUUCAUAAUCUAUCUGUGACAACCUAGAUCCCGCAGAGAUUCCAAAAGACAGCUCUGUCCCUCUCCAAGCAUCUUCUGGGAACUGCCGGCAGAGGUUCUGCCACAAGAUCUGCCCGCGACUUUCCUGCGUUCUGCCCAUAUCCGCACCCUAGCUUGUUCCUGUUCUCUCUGCCUCUGUGUCUCUGCGGUCUUUGUCCAGCGUGGAAACAAGGCAAAGGGGGAAAUCGCUGCUCCGGGAGGGAAGCCUGGGGCCCCACUUUCAGGAUCCACAGUCUCUGACGCCCGGGCCACAAGCUUUCCCGCGAGGGAGUUCCCGGGAAACUCUGCGACCGCGUAGCUGUCCUCUGGUCCCCGCCCCCUCGUAGCGUCAGCGCGCCACUGGCUGCGGGGUUUAAAUGCGCACUAGCGGGAGCCGGGGCGCUUCUGCCCGGGAGCGCGGCCCGGCUGAAACCGCGGAGUGGGAGGGGAGCGAGCUCGCCGCAUCCCCAGCCCAGCACUACCCCGCGGCCCAUGACUCUGGGACUCCGGUGCCGCCCUCGCUGCUGCAGCAUCCUUGAGCUCCCCCAAAACAGCGUGGAUGAGAAACCACUCAGCUGCCUCCGCGGCGGGGAGCCAUGAGCUGUCUGGAUGUUAUGUACCAGGUCUACGGUCCCCCGCAGCCUUAUUUCGCAGCCGCCUACACUCCCUACCACCAGAAACUAGCCUACUACUCGAAAAUGCAGGAAGCCCAAGAAUGCAACGCCAGCCCCAGCAGCAGCGCCAGCGGGAGCUCCUCCUUUUCCAACCAAACCCCAGCCAGCGUCAAGGAAGAGGAGGGCAGCCCAGAGAAAGAGCGUCCACCCGAAGCUGAGUACAUCAACUCCAGAUGCGUGCUCUUCACCUACUUCCAGGGCGACAUCAGCUCUGUGGUGGAUGAACAUUUCAGUAGGGCCCUGAGCCAGCCCAGCAGCUACACCCCCAGCUGUGCGAGCAGCAAAGCCCACAGGAGCUCGGGACCCUGGAGAGCAGAAGGCACCUUCCCGAUGAGCCAGCGCAGCUUCCCGGCCUCCUUCUGGAACAGCGCGUACCAGGCGGCGCCGGUGCCCUCGCCCCUGGGCAGUCCUCUGGCCGCCGCGCACUCGGAGCUGCCCUUCGCCACCGCCGACCCCUACUCCCCAGCCGCGCUGCACGGCCACCUGCACCAGGGCGCGGCCGACUGGCACCACGCACACCCGCACCACGCACACCCGCACCCGCACCAUCCCUACGCGCUGGGCGGCGCCCUAGGCGCGCAAGCCUCAGCCUACCCGCGGCCAGCCGUGCACGAGGUCUACGCGCCCCACUUCGACCCGCGCUAUGGGCCGCUGCUCAUGCCCGCCGCCUCGGGCCGCCCCGGCCGCCUGGCCCCGGCCUCCGCACCGGCUCCCGGCAGCCCGCCCUGCGAGCUCGCGGCCAAGGGCGAGCCGGCGGGCGGCGCGUGGGCUGCGCCCGGGGGACCCUUCGUGAGCCCCACGGGGGACGUGGCCCAGAGCCUGGGCCUCAGCGUGGACUCAGGUAAGCGGAGGAGGGAGUGCAGUCUCCCCGCAGCUCCUCCAGCACUGUACCCGACUCUGGGCUGAGGCGCAGACGCC